AUGGCCGCGGCGACGUCUUCGGAGUCGGACUCCGCAACGUACCAAGAAUCGUCCGUCAGUACGUCCGAAAACAACUUCCUUGCACCCCCACCCCUGCCCCAAGCCAUUGGUGAGGUCGGUGCUUGUUUCAUAGUCUCGCCUGGCCCCUGUGUGGUUGCAGCGUCGGGUUGGUUCUCGUCUUCUACCAUCUCGUCGUCAACGAACAGAGGGUUCGCACACAUCGGUCUAGCUUUCUUCUUCGCAUGCUGGGUUUCAGAGUCUCCUUUGCCAUUAGGCGAGGAUGACGCCGUAGGAGGGCGCCGUUGGCCAGCCAUCAGGUCCGGCAGAGGGUUGGCCGGGGGAGGGGCCCCCGGCAUGGCCUCGCUCAUCGGCGGCAAGGGUGCGCUAGGGUUUUUCUCUUCCAGGGAAACGCUCCGAGAAAAUCGGAGUUAG